GCGGCGGCGGCUGCUCCUCCUCUCACCGGACCCGGGCCCCGCGCAGCGCGCACCCAAGGGGGGGUCGGGCGGAGAAGCGGCGCCGGGGCCGGACCCCCCGUGGGAGCUGGCGGCUGGCGUGAGGGCAAGGCGGCGGCAGCGGCGGACGGAGAGCAGCGGCUGCGGGACAGUGUCUUCAGCCUUUUCUUCAAGUUUUUUACCUUGAAUUGUUGCUGCGUGUCAAACUGGACAAGGUAUUUUAGUUGAAGUUUCAGUUGAAACAUUGGAGGAUCCCACCAGGGCCCUGUAUUACAGUUAUCGUCACGUCUCCUUAGGCUCCUCUUGACUGUGACAAUUUCUCAGACUUCUCUUGUUUUGAUGUCCUUGUCAGAUUUGAGGAGAAUUUGAUCAGCUAGUGAAAGAAGGGUGCUCAUCAUCACUCUGCUGGGAAUGUCCUUGAUACCUACCAAUGACAUAGUGGAAAGAAAAGACCUUGGAGAAGGCAGGCUUGGAUUUGAGUCACGAUUCUGCCAUAUGCCCAUUCUGAGUUUAAUUUCUUCUUUGUAAAAUGGAGAAAAUGACUGCAGUAUUGGAAGAUCAUUACUAUUGGAAGACCGAUUAGCAUCCAUUUCAUAAGAGAAGCUUGACCACCAUUUGCUCUGGCAUGGCGCAAAACAGUCCACAGCUUGAUAUGCAGGUUCUCCAUGACCUCCGGCAACGUUUCCCCGAGAUUCCGGAGGGUGUGGUGUCUCAGUGCAUGUUACAGAACAACAACAAUCUUGAAGCCUGUUGCCGAGCGCUUUCCCAGGAGAGUAGCAAAUACUUAUAUAUGGAAUACCACAGUCCAGAUGACAACAGGAUGAAUAGAAAUCGCCUUUUGCAUAUUAACCUGGGUAUUCAUUCUCCUAGUAGCUACCACCCAGGAGAUGGAGUGCAACUUAACGGUGGUCGAACACUGGUACACAGCUCAAGUGAUGGACAUAUUGAUCCACAGCAUGCAGCAGGCAAACAGCUGAUAUGUUUAGUUCAGGAACCACACUCAGCUCCAGCUGUUGUCGCUGCUACUCCCAACUACAAUCCAUUUUUUAUGAAUGAACAGAACAGAAGUGCAGCUACUCCUCCUUCACAGCCACCUCAACAGCCAUCUUCCAUUCAAACAGGAAUGAAUCCAUCUGCUAUGCAAGGGCCUUCAGCACCACCACCGCCACCUCCUUCAUACAUGCACAUACCUCGGUAUAGUACAAAUCCAAUUACUGUUACAGUAUCCCAGAACCUCCCUUCUGGACAGACUGUACCAAGAGCUUUACAAAUUCUUCCACAAAUUCCAAGCAAUCUUUAUGGGUCUCCUGGUUCUAUCUAUAUUAGACAGACAUCUCAGAGUUCAUCAGGAAGACAAACUCCUCAGAGUACGCCAUGGCAGUCCUCACCACAGGGCCCAGUGCCUCAUUAUAGCCAGCGUCCUUUACCUGUUUAUCCACAUCAACAGAACUAUCAAGCUUCUCAGUAUUCUCCCAAACAACAGCAGAUCCCUCAACCUGCUUACCAUUCACCACCACCUUCUCAAUGUCCUUCACCCUUCAGCUCUCCACAGCAUCAAGUACAACCAUCCCAGCUGGGCCACCCUAGUUCCCAUGUCUUUAUGCCACCUAGUCCUUCAACUACUCCACCCCAUCCAUAUCAACAAGGACCUCCUAGCUAUCAGAAACAGGGAAGUCAUUCAGUAGCCUAUCUCCCAUAUACACCAUCUAGCUUACCCAAAGGAUCCAUGAAGAAGAUAGAAAUUACAGUCGAACCCUCUCAGAGAUCUGGGACAGCAAUUAAUAGGAGUCCUUCACCUAUCAGUAAUCAGCCAUCUCCACGGAGUCAGCACUCAUUGUACACAGCCACCACGCCACCUUCAAGUUCUCCUUCAAGAGGGAUAUCCAGUCAACCAAAACCUCCAUUUAGUGUCAAUCCUGUGUAUAUUACAUAUACACAGCCAACUGGACCUUCUUGCGCUCCUUCACCAUCUCCUCGGAUGAUACCAAACCCAACUACAGUUUUUAAAAUUACUGUAGGCCGAGCAACAACUGAAAAUCUUUUAAAUUUAGUGGACCAAGAAGAACGUUCUGCAGCCCCAGAACCUAUUCAGCCCAUUUCAGUGAUACCAGGCUCUGGGGGAGAAAAGGGAAGCCAUAAAUAUCAGAGAAGUUCUAGUUCUGGAUCAGAUGACUAUGCCUAUACACAAGCCUUGCUGUUACAUCAGCGAGCAAGGAUGGAGAGGUUAGCAAAGCAAUUGAAACUUGAGAAAGAGGAGCUAGAGCAAUUGAAGGCUGAAGUUAACAGUAUGGAGCAUGACCUGAUGCAGAGACGGCUCAGAAGGGUCAGCUGCACCACUGCGAUCCCAACGCCUGAGGAAAUGACAAGAUUGAGAAGCAUGAACAGACAACUCCAGAUAAAUGUUGACUGUACACUGAAAGAAGUUGACCUCCUUCAAUCUAGAGGUAACUUUGAUCCAAAAGCUAUGAAUAAUUUUUAUGACAACAUAGAACCUGGUCCAGUUGUACCACCCAAGCCACCUAAAAAAGACUCAUCAGACACCUGCACAGUUGAGAGGAAAGCCCGAAGAAUUAGCGUGACCUCCAAAGUCCAGGAGGACAUCCAUGACACCCAGGCAGCUGCUGCAGAUGAGCAUCCAGGUAGCUCCAAACAGAGUCCUCGGACACAACCCCGCGAUGAAGACUAUGAAGGGGCUCCAUGGAAUUGUGAUAGCUGCACCUUUCUGAACCACCCCGCACUAAAUCGCUACUACUUCUUGCCUAUGACAAGUUUGAACAAGAAUUCAGUCAACUUUCAACAUGCCUUUUCAAAAGGAUCUGGCUGCUGAGGUGCCUCUGCUUUUAGGAUCAGGUGGUGCACUUCUUGUUUCUAGUAAAAAAAAAAGUUUUUUUCUUAAAAUACAACCAGUUUGAUGUAUCUGGGAACGCAGAGAGCUGACUGUACAUUUUACAUUAUUUCACUGUUUUGUAAACUGGGUUUGUAGAAAGCACCUUUGUCAUUUUGUUAAAGUACAUUGCCCCUUACAUUUUGAGGUAGUUCUUAAAAGUUUAAAGUGGUAAAAGGGGAGUCAAAAACUUUCUAAGCGUUGUAAAAUGUUUCAAAUAACGACCUUGUUUGAGAGAGUACAGAGGCGCGGCAAUUUAAAUAAACAAAAGAAAUGCGUUUUAGAAAAGGUAGUUUUAGAGCAGAUUCAUGAUGGUGGGGAAAGUGUUGCUAAUUUGUUUAUUUCCCUGAAAAAAUGGGAGUGUGAUGAGCAGUUUAAUAAUUUUUAAGGAGCUGGUCUCAAUUUUAGUACUUAUUAUAAAAGAGAUCAAUGUUUCCUUCAGUUUGGACAUUGCUUUGUCCCAGUUAUCUAGGGGGUUCAUAUUCCAACUUUCUGUGGCAACUUGAUUUUAUAUAGUAUUUUAAAAGGUAAUUGUAAUGUUUUUGACAGUAUAAACAAAAAGCAAGAAUAUAAAGCAUAGAAAAAUUGUCCUUUGAAAAAUAUCAGUGAUGUACCCUGGAAUGUGAAGAUGUCCCCUUAUAGUUUAAAUUGAUUUAUUUUAAUAUUGUAAUCAUUGUUCAGACUUUGAACGAGUCAUUACAGUGUGUGUCUGUAUAUCCGUAGAGAAAAAUGGCAAUUGAAAUGUUAUUUUAAAAUCAAAAUAAAUUUGGCACUGUCUGUUGCACCACUACUGUAUCUUUUUGAAAGAAUUAACAGUAUUUUCUUAUUGUAAAAGGUAAUUCUGAUGAUGAAUUUCUGUAAAAGGUAAUUCUGAUGAUGAAUUUCAUUCACCAGACGUGCGUUUUUUUCCCUGUUACUUGCGUCCCCAAAUAUUUAAUACAAGUAGAUUCUGCAUGGCUUGAGCACUCAGAGAUUAAUAGAAUGACGACUCAAUUUUAAUUUCUAAAGCCAUGAAAAGUGGCUCUGACACUGAACAAUUCUGAAUUGUUGUUUAUAAUGACACCCAGUUGUCCAUGUUUCCCCACUGUAACAGAUUUGCUCAAUUUCUUCCCUAAAACAGCAAGAACUUAUUAAAUCUUGUAAAUACCAUGUCUCUCUUAGAUUUCUGUGUAUGUUGUGAAUUUAAUUAUUUUGAGGCGGAAUUGUACAAAGGCAUUUUAAAAGGCUGUGCAUGCAUCGUACCUCCAAACAGAACAUAUUCGGAAAGUCAGAGAUUCCUGAGAAAUAAAUUAAUAAACUAAA